AAUGGCAAAAAAAUAUGUUUAACGAUGCGGCUGAUCUUGGGAGAAGAAUCUUUUGCGAUCGUCAGUCGCUAUUUUGCAGUAUUUCGUGGUAGAUCGCGUGGAAAAAACAGUGAACCCGCAAGAGAUUGAAGAGUUUUCUUUCAAUUUUGAUGAGGGAGAAAGACGAAGGAGGAGGAUAAAUUGAAUGAUCUGAGAAAAUUCCAUCGAUCGUGCGAAAGAUUAAUUUAGUGGGAUAAACAAGAGAAUGAAUCCAAAUCAAGCGGAUGAUGUGCAGAUUCAGCAAUCCCGCGAGGAACGACGGACAACUGGGCGCAUUGUGGCAGUGAUCGUGGCCCUGUCGAUCAUCAUGCUGGCCUGCUACCACGCAUGGAUACGCAAGACGGCCGUCCUUGCUGGUGUCAUCAUACCGGCCCUCAUCAUGGUCCUCUAUACAGCAUGGGUGCUCUACACGGCCAAGAGGGAUAAAUACCGAAGGAAUCUCGAGCUCCACAAUGCUACACUUGCUGAAGUCCUAUCAAUGGGACCUUCAUCGUCCAAGAAGGACACAGAGGAUGCUGCUGGAAUAAAUGGAAAUGGCGUGAAGGAGAUUCCAUCUAAAAGACAUGAGAAAAAUCAGGUAGUGCAGGGUGUGCAGAAGGAAGUCACUGGGACGGCUUCGGGGCACGUGAAGAUGAAAAAUAAACAACACAGCAAGAUCGAUAUACCGGAAGUACCGCCGCAUUCCACUGGGGGCGGAGGUGUGGGAGGAUUCCCUGAAAAACAGACCACGAAUACCAAAAGAUACGCCAGGAGUCAGUCAGCCGCCUAGUUGGGGGGGCAUUUCCAGCAGAGAGACUUGAGAAUUUUGCUUGUAUUUUGUUACUACAUACAAUAAAUUUAGAAA